CUAGAUCGCGGCGACGAAUUGUAUUCGUUCGCUGAUUCGUGCCCUAGAUGAGGAGGAUCGUGAAACCAUUCACUAGAAAUCGCGCUACGUUUAUAUCGAUUCCAUCCGAGUAACCGAUCGAAUUGUUCGUUCGUUUCUAGUGCCGAAUCUCGCAUCGAUCGACGCAUCGAUCUACUAUUACUAUCGCCCUUGCUACUGUUAUCGUUGUUACCACCGUCCGCUACACGCAAACGUCAUCGUAAUUAUUCUACUUGACGUCGUCGUCGUCGUCGUCGUCGUCUUCGUCUUCGUCUUUGUGUAACCAACUUUCCACUUGGCACAAUCUUUAUGUGCUUUGUCUUUACUUGAAACUAUGAAGUGGCAUCCCGAUCACUCUACUACAUUGCAGCCAAGGAAUGUAGGCGACGAAAGUACGGAUCAGAAUAAUAAUAUAACUAUGAUGAGCGAGGAUUUGCUGCAACCUGGCCAUGUGGUCAAAGAACGCUGGAAAGUCGUCAGGAGAAUAGGAGGGGGUGGGUUUGGUGAAAUUUAUGAAGGGCUAGACUUGAUGACCAGAGAGCAAGUCGCAUUGAAAGUUGAAUCAGCACGUCAAUCGAAGCAAGUUCUUAAGAUGGAAGUAGCAGUAUUGAAAAAACUUCAGGGCCGAGAACAUGUGUGUAGGUUUAUAGGUUGUGGCCGUAAUGAUCGAUUCAAUUAUGUUGUAAUGCAGUUGCAAGGAAAAAAUUUAGCCGAGUUACGACGUGCUCAGCCUCGUGGUGCUUUCUCAUUAUCUACUACUCUCCGUUUAGGACUUCAAAUUCUCAAAGCAAUCGAAAGCAUACAUCAAGUAGGCUUCCUUCAUAGAGACAUCAAACCUUCAAACUUUUCAAUGGGACGACUUCCGCAUACAUCGAAGUUAGUUUAUAUGUUAGACUUUGGUUUGGCUCGUCAAUUCACGACGGGUACUGGUGAAGUUAGACCACCUCGUAGCGCGGCAGGAUUUAGGGGAACCGUCCGGUACGCAUCGGUGAAUGCGCACAAAAACAAAGAAAUGGGCAGACACGACGAUUUGUGGUCAUUAUUUUAUAUGUUGGUAGAGUUUGUUAAUGGACAACUUCCAUGGCGAAAAAUAAAGGAUAAAGAACAGGUGGGUCUCAUGAAAGAAAAGUACGAUCAUCGCUUACUUUUAAAACAUCUUCCAGCGGAUCUCCGUGUUUUUUUGGAACAUAUUCAGAGUUUGGGAUACGCAGAUAAACCAGAUUAUGCGAUGCUGGCAGGUCUAUUCGAACGUUGCUUGAAACGUAGAGGAGUGAAAGCUACUGAUCCCUAUGAUUGGGAGAGGCCAUUUAUAUCGAACGAAAGUUUACCGACUACCAGGUCUCUACCUAGUAACUACCAGGUCGCCAUGCCUCCAGUACUGACCACAGCUACUACGAUCAAUCAAGCACCGACCACGCCGAACGUCGAUACGAAUAAUCAAGAAAACGUCGAACCCGAUAACAGAAAGGAAUUAGACGCACAAAUGGAUUAUGAAAGUAUAUGUAGAAGAAAUAAACAACGUGGAGUAGAAGGAUCUUCGGUGCCGUUUACAUCAGCUAUCAGCAAUCACGGCCGAGAUAAAAAUUGUAACGCCACAAUACCUACAAUGGAUAACACCCAUCAACAAGCUGGGCAACAGGCUCAAGACUCGCCUAAAAAGAGGCGUGCAGUUUCGAUGGCAGCAGAACCACAAACAGGCGUGGUAGACAACGAAGGAGACGCUUUAAUGGCAUCCGCUCGUUCUGCUUCAGAAGUUCCUCGCAAUAAAAUUGGAGCUAAUGCUGCAGCGCCAUUAAGGAAAUCCGCAAGUGGCGCAACAUUUGCUCGAUUACGAGUAACAUCUGCGCCCGAGACAACGCCUGGCGAACCUCCCAGUCCUCGUGUACAAACCGAAGUCGAUGCCUCUUAUUGUUCCUACGACGUUACCAAUCCAAAAUACGUUGGCAAUCAGAGCCCCGUUACGGAACAAAGAGAACCAUUGAAAAGAGAACCGCGAAGAAGAACAGAUGGACGUCAACAAACAAGAGCUAGUCGCGCCGCAAUAAGGGACUGUUCCAUAACUCAGUUCGCGCAGAUAGAUGACGACAAUGUAUCGGCGUUGCAACAAGUGACUAAAGGUGGUGGUGGCCUGACCCUCGCUUCUCAGUGGAAAUCACAAUUUGACGAUUCUGAAGAGACUGACAACGAAUGGAAAGGAGAGAAUUUACAGAGUCCCGAGCAUAAAGGGACCAACAUGCCAAUUAUGGUUCCGCAGUCGACAGCUGGUAGUGAUGCUGUGACCAUCGCAAGUUCAGUACCUGCAUCUAUCGAUGCGAAAACGACAGUGGUUCAAUCAACCACGUCGAUCGCACCGCAACAUUCGAUAAUACCAACUGCCCUCUCACGAAUAAGUGAAGAUUCUACGAAGCCUGCGGCUCCUCAUAGGUGCUUAAAUAUUGCUGGCAUUGAGAAAUAUCCGGAUCUUCAAAGUGCGCUUCCUCGCGCUUGGAGCGUUCCUGCGUUGGCCCCGCAUGUUCGCGCGUACCUCGAAGCACCGUUGGUUCAACAAGCCGCAUUCGAUGAUUUGUUGUACGAGGUUGAUGUCAUGAGAAAUAUAGCUACACGUUACGACGAACCGAGACAAAGCCCUCCGCCACGAAGGGCGAGCGUACCAGCAGUUGCUUUUUCACCACCAAACACAAUACCCAGCACACCUGGAGGAGAAGAAGAGGAGGAAGCAGUAGCUGGAAGACUAGAAAUUAGAGUAGUUGAUGCAACAGGUGGUGCAACCGUUGUACAAACCACCGCGGAUAGAGAGCCGUUGCAAAGAAAAAUGACAAACGGUACAGUAGACAGUCCGGCUAUCCUAGAGAAUCCUAAUCCGGAAAGGGAAGAACCAUCGAUAUACGACGAUGCUGUUGAAAAUCGAGCGCCUAUCGAUGAUACCGUGCACAAGGAGAGCAACACUAUCACUGCCUCGACCACUAUACCGAACGUAGUAUCACUUCGCGAAUAUAAGGACGAUAAAGAAAAGGAGGUCUCUAAUAGGACUUAUAAUACUGUCAGCAAAAUUCCAAUUCCGGUUAAAAGUCCGAGAUGUUCAUUAUCGGAAUCAACACCAGAAACGAAUACGCAAAAUACCAAAAGCAUCAUGGGAAAUGAAGUAGAAAUAUCGUCUACACCUUCGGCUACAGCCAGAGAAAAAGACGCUACUGUCAAGGGCAAACGCUUGACAGUGGAAGUAUUGCGACGCUGCUUGGCAUUGCCCGAUGAACCAUCGAUCUUUUCACCUUUAACGUCGGCUAAUUCGACAGAAGAUGAAAAUUUAACUGGAUGUACUCCUGCGUUACGUCGCCGAAGGCAAAGCGAAAAAUAUGUGACCGAUGCCAGCCAAUUGAAUCUUCGAUUUCAAAGACCGCAACGCAGAAUCAGGUCCCAUUCUGAAGUAUUAUCCAAGUUUUCUCCUAGAGGAGUACCUUCGCAUCUUUUAGGAGAGACGACUAAACGUACCGAUGAGAGUAGCGACAAUGACUCUGAUAAUAGUGGUCCACCGAAUGCUCAACCUCCGCCACCUCCUACAUCUCUGCCUCCUCAUAUUGCAGAAAAUAAUGCUAGAUGUCGCAGAUUUCGACCUAUAUCAGAUGGGACAAUAAUCAGCAAAGAAUGGUGAGAUACAGUAUCAUCUGCAGAGGCGAAUUCAAGUAUUUGUUUGUAUCAACGAUCGGCAGAAACCUUGCGAUCUGCUCGUUCGAAUGUCUGGAAUCUUUCUUUCCGUAUGAGAGAAAGCAAGAAAGUAAUAUUAAUUUCACGAUGAUUUGAUUCAAAGUGUCGUAUAAAAGUUGUUAAUUUUUCCGUGAAGGGAAGACAUAAGAAAUCGUAUCACGUGAGAAACCAUUGCUUUCUUAGGUAAAGCAAUUUUGAUUAAAACGCUAAACGUUAAAACGAAAUGAAUAUGACUCGAAGAAAUGCUAUGAAAUGUUUCGAGUUCCCCGCGUCAAAUGAGUUAGAAAUUCUUUUAGAUCAAGUUGCAGAUGCAGUUGUGUAUUUCAUUCAGCUGUAAGACCCUGUUGCAAAAAUCAUAAGAAUUGGUGGUGCUUCAAAGAAUGUACUUCCUAGUCUACAAAGGUAUGUGACGACGGGAUAAAGUUCAUUAAAUAUUUAUCAGGUACAUACGUUAACAAAGACACAACUACAGUUCGAAACGAAUUAUUCCUUCAAAACAAAAAAAAAAAAAACAAAAAAA